UGUCAGAUGCUGGGGAACCCGGAGUUCCCUCUGCUGUCCAAGGAAGGAGAUGUGACCAUUGGUGGAGCAUUUUCCAUCCGCAGCAAAAUCUCAGAGCCCCCGCUCUCCUUCACAGACACACCACAACCUCUCACCUGCUCCAGUGUUAACCUCAGAGAGUUCCGAUUUGCUCAGACCAUGAUCUUUGCCAUUGAGGAGAUCAACAGCGCUGACACUCUGCUUCCAAACAUAUCUAUUGGAUAUCGCAUCUACGACAAUUGUGGCUCGACCCUGUCCACUAUGCGUGCGGCCAUGGCCCUGAUGAAUGGUCAGGAGAGGACAGUGGGAAAGACCUGUUCCAGCAAACCAGCAGUCCACGCCAUCAUCGGAGAGUCGGAGUCCUCUUCCACUGUAGUGUUGUCACGCACCACAGGUCCAUUUAAAAUACCUGUGAUCAGCCACUCAGCCACAUGUGAAUGCCUGAGUAGCAGGAAGGAGUAUCCAUAUUUUUUCCGUACCAUCGCCAGUGACCUCUAUCAGAGCAAAGCCCUGGCCCAGCUGGUCAAGCACUUUGGCUGGACUUGGGUUGGGGCUGUCAAUAGUGACAGUGACUACGGCAACAACGGCAUAGCUAUCUUCCUGGCUGCCGCCAUGGAAGAGGGCGUGUGUGUCGAAUACUCAGAGAAGUUCAGCCGAACGGAACCCGAGAAGCUGCUGAAGGUGGUGGAUGUGAUCCGGACAGGCACUGCCAGGGUGAUUGUAGGUUUCCUGGCCCACGUGGAGAUGAACAACCUGCUGGCACAGCUCAGUCUGCAGAAUAUCACUGGCUUGCAGUUCAUUGGCGUGGAGGCCUGGAUCACUGCUGACAGCCUUGUAACCCCCUCCAGCUUCAGUGUGCUGGGCGGGUCACUGGGAUUCGCUGUCCAAAAAGCCAACAUCAGCGGCUUCUCCGACUACGUGUUGAAGCACUUCUGGGACAUGGCAUUUGGUUGCACUGAGAGUUACCAGGACAAUGUGACACUGAGCAAGCCUUGUAGAGAGAAUCAGGAUCUGUUGGAGCUGAAAGGUUACAACGCAGAUGUGGCAGAGCUGCGAUACUCUGGUAAUGUCUAUAAAGCUGUAUACGCCGUGGCCCAUUCUCUGCACAGCUUGCUGAAAUGCGCAGGUGGACAGGGAUGUAAUCAGAAUGUGAAAAUGGAACCUUGGGAGGUAGUGGAGGCCCUGAAGCAGGUGAAUUUCACCACUAACACUGGGGACCAGGUUUGGUUUGACAGCACAGGUGCUGCCUCCGCUAGAUAUGAAGUGGUAAACUGGCAGCGUGGGCCGGGCGGGGCCGUCCAGUUUAAGCCUGUGGGUUACUAUGACGCCUCACUACCCACUGGAAAACAGUUUCUCCUGAUGACCGAAGACAUCAUGUGGCCCGGGGGCUUCCCACAGAUGCCUGUGUCGGUGUGCAGUGAGAGAUGUAGCCCAGGCACUCGUAAGGCCGUACGGAAAGGGAAGCCUGUCUGCUGCUAUGACUGUAUACCGUGUGCUGAGGGAGAAAUCAGCAGCACCACAGAUUCUAAUGACUGCAUGAGCUGCCCUGAAGAGUACUGGUCAAAUCCCAGCAGAGACAAAUGCAUAUUAAAAUCUGUUGAGUUCCUGUCCUUUAGUGAGGUCAUGGGGAUUGUACUUGUGUUUUUCUCCCUAUGUGGUGUGUGUCUAACUGUGCUUGUGGCUGUUCUCUUCUUGAUAAAGAAGAACACCCCAAUUGUCAGGGCCAACAACUCUGAGCUGAGCUUCCUGCUCCUCUUCUCCUUGACUCUGUGUUUUCUGUGUUCUCUUACUUUCAUUGGCCGGCCCUCUGAGUGGUCCUGUAUGCUGCGUCACACAGCAUUUGGAAUCACCUUUGUCCUCUGCAUCUCUUGUGUUCUGGGAAAAACACUAGUGGUGUUGAUGGCCUUCAGGGCUACACUUCCAGGCAGUAAUGUCAUGAAAUGGUUUGGUCCUCCACAACAGCGACUCAGUGUUCUAGCUUUCACUCUUAUACAGGUCAUGAUCUGUAUUCUUUGGUUAACAAUCUGUCCUCCAUUCCCAUUCAAGAAUAUGUUACACUACAAGGAAAAAAUCAUUCUGGAGUGUAAUGUGGGUUCAGUUGUAGGCUUUUGGGCUGUGUUGGGGUAUAUAGGACUUCUGGCUGUAUUGUGCUUCGUGCUGGCUUUUCUAGCACGAAAGUUGCCUGAUAACUUCAAUGAGGCCAAGUUCAUCACUUUCAGCAUGCUGAUAUUCUGUGCAGUUUGGAUCACCUUUAUCCCAGCUUAUGUCAGCUCUCCUGGGAAGUUUACUGUAGCUGUGGAGAUAUUUGCUAUUCUCGCCUCCAGUUUUGGGCUGCUUUUCUGUAUAUUUGCACCUAAAUGUUACAUAAUCCUGUUGAAACCUAAGCUAAAUACUAAGAAACACAUAAUGAGCAAAUUGAAAUCAACAGAAAAGUCAUAA